AUGACACAACCUGCCCACCUUCCACCUCGCCCGAGUCACACGUUUAGCAUGCGUACAGUUGAGAAGUUACACCAGCGUUUUCUUGGGAGAAGCGGUACAACUGCACCAGCGCAAAAUAUGUCGAACAUUGUUGAGGCCAUGCGCCAAAACCUUUUGCGCAUUGAAGGUGUUCUUAGUUAUCGCUUGGAUCACCCCAGCACGGCACUGACCGACACGAGCGAGCACCACCCUCCAAUGUCGGCAUUUGAGCGCAUUCGCGUUGGUCAUAUUCUAGCAGAUAUUGUGCUCGACCUUUUCACUAUCUCAACUUCCAGCAGCAACGCGACGUAUGACGCCUUGGUUGGGAAUAAAGGUGCUUUCGCCGGCUCGAUGAGUCAAAGCUGCGGGGUUGCUUCACUUCCCUGCGGUGGCCUGCCCCUGAUGCAACGGACACGGCCAGGAGUUUGGACGCCGGAGGGUUUGGAUGGGGUUGAGGGACGUUUGACGCCUCCUGAGGGUGUGAACGCAAGUCUGAUUCCCCUACAUACGAAGGCAGAAGUGGGUCAUCAGUCGUCUUAUCAACCCUUUGUGGAUGGGUUGAAGAAAGGGGGAGGAGAUGAGGUGCUCACAACGCUUUUGCAGACCCAACAAAACCAUCAGCAGAAACGUGGGCUACAGGAUGGUGUGGAGAGCGAUGGCUGUAGUACUGUCUUUUCUCAUUCUGGUCAGAGGUCGACCAUGAACACCCCACAGCACCAUCAACGCGCCAUAAAGGACACGUCUGCUGGUCAUGAGGGUCCACCGGCUGGUUAUCACCGGCACAGCGCACACGUGCCCGUCUCCGGGACAGAGAACCAAAUGAACCUUAAUCCUUCAAGAAGGAUGCGACCGCAUGAGUCUCCUCUAUGUGUGGCAGGGUGCCAAGGAGCUUUAACUCACAAUGAAUCACCGAUAUCACCUACUUCAAUGCGCUUCAAGUCAGUACAGUCACUCCAUUCCGGUGGGGACAGCACGACGGGGCAAUCACAGCACGCUGCCAAUCCUAAGAAAUACUAUGAAAUUGAUUUCCAGAGAUUAAAUGACUUCCAGCGCUGCCUCCGUGUUAUUCAGCGACUAUCAUUAACUGAUGACGCAUUUGAGAAAUUCGGCUUACGGUACGCUAUCCCUGGGAUACGGGAACUGCACCCCGACGAGGUUCACUCAGCGAAGAUUCGUAUGGACCGGCAUAAUGAUUGCUUGAUUGAUUCGUUUAAUCCUUCGGAGUCCCAAGAAUCUGCUCAGAAAAGUGAUACGCCACAGGAACAAUUUCUAGCUCACAAGAGAUUGCAAGCGCACGUAUCCCCUUGUCUUUCCAAAGAUGGUAAUAACGUGAUUCUACACACUGUGGCUGAUGUUCCGGUUACAGAACACGAUACGCCCUUUGACAUUCAACAAUCCCCUUCCAAGUCACCACUUGCAACACAGAGAUCGGAAAAACAGCUGUGCAACAACCCUACUAGAGAACCCCCAACGCCCUCAGCCCCAUGUGACAAACAAUGUCUGCCAUUAUUUCAUGGGGGGAGAGAUAUCAUUGUACAAAAAAAGGAUAUGAAUAUUUUCAUCGCAAUGGUGGAUGCAACAUUGAGGCAGGUAGAUCAAGAUAUUGUUGGACGACUUCAUAUUGCUAGUGCGGACUUUGGAUCGAGCAGUGGUGAAGAUGAAGUGGCGUACAUGUGA